GUCACACGCCGAGCGUCCCCGCGUGCGUGCGCUGCUUUCCACGUGGGAAAGCCUGAUUACUGAUCCACGCAGCUCGUCUCUCGCCAUGAAGCCAGGUUUCAGCCCCCGCGGGGGCGGCUUCGGCGGCCGAGGGGGCUUCAGUGACCGCGGCGGGCGCGGCGGGCGCGGCGGAGGCCGAGGAGGCUUCGGCGGGGGCCGAGGGCGCGGCGGGGGCUUUCGGGGCCGCGGACGAGGAGGCGGAGGGAGAGGUGGUGGAGGGUUCCAGUCUGGCGGCAGCCGGGGUCGUGGUCGGGGCGGGAAGAGAGGAAACCAGUCAGGGAAGAAUGUGCUGGUGGAACCUCAUCGGCAUGAGGGUGUUUUCAUUUGUCGCGGAAAGGAGGAUGCCCUAGUCACCAAGAAUCUGGUCCCCGGAGAAUCAGUAUAUGGCGAGAAGAGAGUCUCCAUUUCGGAAGGAGAUGACAAAAUUGAGUAUCGGGCCUGGAACCCCUUUCGCUCCAAGCUGGCAGCUGCAAUCCUGGGCGGUGUGGAUCAGAUCCAUAUCAAGCCAGGGGCCAAGGUGCUGUACCUCGGGGCUGCCUCAGGCACCACCGUCUCCCAUGUCUCUGAUAUCGUAGGCCCGGAUGGUCUGGUCUAUGCAGUUGAGUUCUCCCACCGCUCUGGCCGUGACCUCAUUAACUUGGCCAAGAAGAGGACCAACAUCAUUCCUGUGAUUGAAGACGCUCGACACCCUCACAAAUACCGCAUGCUCAUUGCAAUGGUGGAUGUGAUCUUUGCUGAUGUGGCCCAGCCAGACCAGACCCGAAUUGUAGCCCUGAAUGCUCACACCUUCCUACGUAAUGGGGGACAUUUUGUGAUUUCCAUUAAGGCCAACUGCAUUGACUCCACAGCCUCUGCUGAGGCCGUGUUUGCCUCUGAAGUGAAAAAGAUGCAACAGGAGAACAUGAAGCCCCAGGAGCAGUUGACCCUAGAGCCAUACGAAAGAGACCAUGCUGUGGUCGUGGGUGUGUACAGGCCGCCCCCCAAAGUGAAGAACUGAAGCCCAGAGCCAUCUGGAUCGCGAGAGAUUGUGUUGCUACUAUUACACUUGUGUUUUUCUAUUAAAAGACUCUUGCCAUCUC